CACCCCCUACCUCCCUCGCCUCUUUCUCGUUGACUGGCUGGCUCUUGAUCUUGCGACUGAACUUUCAACGAAUCGAUAAGGCUUCCAAUGUCGUGGACGGGCGGCCCAGGCGCGCAGCCAGUGUCCAACGGCACGCAGCAGGCUGCAUCGGUGCCUUCGUAUGCAUCUGCAGUCACUGGAUCCAAGGACGGAGCGCAGCAGCCGGCUGCGGCGUCAUCGGCUGGCUCCGGGUCGACCAACAGUAGCGGGAAGCAGAAGCCGCAGCAGCAGGCUGGAAAGGCCGCCGUCGCUGCACCCUCUGGCACAUCGUUCUACUACUCGGGCAAGAAGCCAGUCACAUCUGCGCAACUGGCUCCGGCGCUGACAAAGACCGAAGCGACCCCGCCAACCAUCUAUCAGGGAGUCGCGCCGACCAUCUCACACACCAGCCAUGCCCCGGCUCAGACACAGCUACCAUCGCAUAGCGCCACUACACAGUACAGUGGCCCAAGCUCGUAUUCGAGUUAUCCGCCGCCGCCGCCGCUGCCGCAGCAGCAGCAGCAGCAGCACAAGAACUCGCAUCAGCCGCCAAUGCCCGGCCAGCAGCAGCAGGGGAAAGGCCCGACUGGGCUGCCACCAGGCAAUUACCCGCCUGCCAUGGUUUCCUACAUAGAGCGAUCCUAUCACGGAGCAACAGACCCGGCCACGCGAGAUCAGAUCGAAGCCGAGCUUGGCGUCAUCAUCCGAAAGGUUCAAGCCCGCAAUGCGUUUCAUACACACCCGUGGGCAACAGAGCUGCUGCCGGCAGCUGCUCAGCGGGCACAGGAGGCUCAGAACAAGGUGAAGCGGCGGUGGGACCAAGCAGGUCCCGCUGCACAGUCUGGGCAGCAACCUAUGACUUUGUCGUCCCUUGCUGCCUCGUCAUCGCAAGGGACUGCCCCACCGUUUGUUGCUCCGUUUAACAUGCAAGCCGCCACAACCGUGCAGGUGCAACAGCACCAUCACCAGCAGAUGCAGCACUACCAAUCAGCUGCGACCCCGUCCUAUCCGCGACCCUCGCAACCCUCCUAUCCACCUCCUCCCCUGCAGCCACAGCGACCCCAUGAUGUGCACUACUUUCCGCCACAUCAACAGCAGCAGCAGCCGCCAAGGCCGCAUGGCUACCCACCACCUUUGACACCGCAGCAGCCGUCCUCGUCUCAGUACUCUUCGUACCAAGGACAGCAGCAGCCGUAUAUUCUGUCACAGCAGCAGCAGCAGCAGCAGCAACACCCAGCACAGCCGCAACAACCUCCUCCAUUAACCGCUCUGGCAGACCCACAGCAGCAGCAGCAGCAGCAGCAAACGGGACAGGCUGCGCAGCAAUAUCAACAGCACCUCGAAAACCUGCGUCAAAUGCAACAGCAACGGCAGCAGCAAGUGCAGCAGCAAUCUUCACAGCCAAGAUCGGCAAGCAACAACAACGGCGUGCAAGGCCAAUGGCAGCAUCACUCGCAGCAACAACGGUAUAGUGGAUUUGUGGGUGCUUCGGGAGCCGAGGGCGCCUCCUCAACCCCGCUAGUGAGCACGAACGCGAGCGGUGCGGUGAGUACGCUCGGGUUUGUGCCUGUUGGACGCCGCAAGCGCUCGCCAUCCCCAUCGUCGCGAGACUCGAGUCGCUCGAGCUCUGUUGAGCGACCAGGACGUCCACUCACCAAAGAGGAGAAGCGCCAGGCGAAAGAAAAGGCAAAGCGCGAGCAGGCAUCUGCGGCCAUGAAGGCAGCUGGCUUUGGGGGCCCCAGAUUGGAUCCUGAGGCGGAGAUGAAAAAGAGUUCUCGUGCCGCGCGCUUCCAGCAAGAAUUUGCAGAGCACCAGCGCAAGCAGCUGGCAAGUAAAAAGGCUCGCAUCGCCAUUAGUGUCAACGCGGAUGGCGAAGACCUGGAUGGAGACGAACUGGACUGGACCAGCUGGGCAAUUCGAGGCACGAGCGGCGAGCUUGAGAAGCGCUAUCUUCGCUUGACCUCCGCGCCAGAUCCAUCCACGGUGCGGCCAGAAUCUGUGCUGUCCCAGUCUCUCGAUAUGGUCAAGAACGCAUGGAAGGCCGACAACGACUACAAGUACGCUUGGGAGCAAUUAAAGUCGAUUCGACAGGAUCUGACGGUCCAAAAUAUCAAAAAUUCGUUCACGGUGAAAGUCUACGAGACACACGCGCGUAUCGCACUGGAAAAGGGCGACGUGGGCGAGUUCAACCAAUGCCAAGCCCAGCUCAAGGAGCUGUACAAGGACGGCAUUCUCGGCAGCGUGUUUGAGUUUACGGGCUACCGCGUUCUCUAUGCCAUUUUCAUCAAUAACAGCUUGGAUGUAACAAAUGCGCUUGCGGCUCUUACGCCUGCCGUGCGCGAGAGCCAGGCAGUGGCUCAUGCGUUGGCGGUCAGACACGCCGUGGCGCUCGGAAAUUAUCGGCGCUUUUUCAAGCUCUACCUGUCGGCACCGUUCAUGAGCGGCUAUCUCAUGGACUGGUUUGUUGAUCGGGAGCGGGCCAAGGCCCUUGCGGUGAUGGUCAAGGCGUACCGACCGUCAUUGACCAUGGCGUUCUUGCAAACGGAGCUCGCGUUUGAGACUGCCGAGGAUUGUGACGCGUUUGUGCGCGGCGCAGGUUUGACACCCUCGGACGAUGGGUUGACGUUGGAUUGCACGGUCGCUUCCACCGCGUCUGCUGGGCCCACACCAGUGCCACUCCCGAUGAGCAAGCGUGUCACCAAGUGA